AUGGUCAAAAGAUCAAGCAAAUCAAAUGCUACAAAUACACGUUUGGAGAGCCUGCUGGAGGAUCUGGGCCUGGAGCAGCAGUACAAAGACAAGCUGACCCUGAGCACAGUUCUACAGAUUGAUGAGAAGAGUAUUACAGAAACAUCAGUCGGGUCUGUCAGAAACAUAGCAUGGAAUUUUCUGAAGAAAUUAAUGAUGGUGAAUGUAACAGCCAGAAAUGUCAAAGACAAAGUGUCACAUAGCUGUGAAGUAUCGUUGGAAGAGACUGGGUUUAAUCCGGACUUUCUACUGGCCGGUCAAACAUCAGGUGCUAUGUUAAACCCUCUUGACAUCAUUACUGCACUCUUCCUUUGCUCUGAUGGAUUUGUGCAGCAGGAACUCACACUGAAAAUGUCAAUGUGUCAGUUUGCGGUGCCUCUGCUGCUUCCAAACCCUGACACCAAACAGUGCACAAUGAUGCUCUGGGCCCUGAGGGACAUUGUGAAAAAAUACAGACCUCAGUCACUGUUGGAGUCUAAGGGUUUCAUUGAAGAACACAUUGUUCAUUCUGAAAUUCCAAUGGUUUCCUUUGUGAGACUCGGAGAAUGUUCUUUGUCUAAGUCAGAGAUUCUCAAUAAACUCUUGAACAAUUCUCAGCAAUAUCAUGACACAUUUGUGCAUCACAAUAUGGAGGGUGGGGACUGUCCGAGAAAGAUUUCUGAUGGAAUAGUUGAAAUAGCUUGGUACCUUCCAUGUGGAAAGAAGAACAUUGACAUUUUCAGUGAGCCUGUAACAGUAGCCAACCUCCGUGGAGACAUUUCCUCGUCUAUACCACAGUUCGCUUUUUUAUGUGAGACGUCAUGUGCAGUGUUUGUCUUCUGUGACAAACUGGAUUUGGCCUGUGACAUGCUUCAUAAAAGCAAGGCUGAUAUUUUCUUAGUUAGUAACUCUCAAAGCAAGAACUUUAAUAAAGAAGAUUUUAAAAGGUUAGGUAAAAAUUUGAAAUUGACAGACCACAAAAUCACUCUAAAAACUCAAAAAAUUAAUGAUGCAGACUUUGUCACAAUGCUCCAGGGGAAAAUUAGGAGUGUUGUUCAGAAGUGUUCAAAGUUUAGGAUGCGAAUAGAGCGCAUGGCAGACGUUGCGCAUGACCUUGGAAUAAAAGUUGAUGAAGACUGUCCCGAGUGUCUGAAAGCGAAAGAAAAUGCAAAUGCUAUUACAUCUAAAGUCCAUGACACACUUGAGUACAAAGAAACCCAGCUUCCUUUGCAAGGUCAGAUCUGGAAGGAACUGACCUCUCUGGAAAAAGAGGAGUGUAGACUUAGAAAUGCUGGCUCUGAAAAUAUUGACAGUUAUAAAAGUUUUCUGCAGGAUAAAAAGAAACUACUAAGGAAAAAACAAAAUUCUAAUGGUAUGUCUACAGCCAUGUCAUGCUUCAUUAAUGCAAUAUCAACCUCUGGUAUUGAAAGGUGCUAUUUUCUGAAAUGGAUGCGUCUUAAUCUUGAUAACCUUUCUCGACAGAAGUUAUCAGGCCUUCGAGAGAAGUACAAAGAGGAAUCAAAAGAAUCUAAGAACAAAAAGGUGAUUCAAGAUCUUGAUCGUCAACUUUCAGGCAGUUCUCUGGGGGUAGAGCAUUUUGUUCGUGAAAUGGGUCAGAUAUAUGAAGCCUCAGUGUCUCUUCCUGAAGACCACCCUUCUCGUCUACAGUUGCAGCACUUACCCAGGCUCUGUGCAGAGCUGCUGCUGGAGGGACUCCCUCUGGAGCUGGUGGAUGGAGAUGCCUCCAACAUCCCUCUCAGAUGGGUGAGUGAUGUUCUGUUUGAGCUCCAUCAGUUGGUGUCCUGCCAGAGUAAAAUCUUAGUGAUCACAGUUCUGGGAGUACAGAGCACAGGAAAGUCCACUCUCCUCAACACAAUGUUUGGAGUGCAGUUUGCAGUGAGCAGUGGACGCUGCACUCGAGGAGCCUUUAUGCUCCUCAUAAGAGUCAGUGAAGAAGUAAAAGAAAAACUCAACUGUGACUUCUUAAUGAUCAUUGACACUGAGGGUCUGAAGUCUCCAGAGCUCGCAAAACUGGACAAUAGUUAUGAACAUGACAAUGAGCUGGCAACCCUCGUUGUGGGGUUAAGUGACAUCACUUUAAUAAAUAUUGCAAUGGAGAACUCCACUGAAAUGAAGGACAUCCUGCAGAUAGUUGUUCAUGCAUUUCUUAGAAUGAAAGAAGUUGGAAAAAGGCGCAAAUGUCUGUUUGUUCAUCAGAAUGUGUCAGAUAUUUCAGCGCAUGAGAAGAAUUUUCAAGAUAGGAAACUUCUUUUGGAACAGUUGAAUGCGAUGACACAGGCUGCAGCCAAAAUGGAAAAGAAGGACAAGAACAAGUGUUUCACUGAUGUGAUGGAGUACAGCACAGAAACAGGAAACUGGUACAUCCCAGGACUGUGGAAUGGAACCCCUCCAAUGGCUCCAGUCAAUGCAGGUUACAGUGAAGCUGUGUAUGAACUCAAGAAAAACAUCAUCCAAAUUCUGAGCAAAAGUGAAUCAUCUGCCAAUAAUGUCCUGGAGUUUCAGGAGUGGAUAAGGAGUCUCUGGACCGCUGUGAAGUAUGAAAACUUCAUCUUCAGCUUUAGAAACACCCUGGUGGCUGAUGCAUACAUGAGACUAGGCACAGAAUACAACAAAUGGGAAUAUAACUUCAGAAAAGACAUGUACACAUGGGUCACAAAUGCUCAAACAAGAAUUUCAAAUUAUGGGAAAGUUUCUGUUGAAAAUGAUACAGGAGACAUUGGAAAACUUCUGAGUGACUUGAAAACUGCUGCAUGCACAGAACUGUCCAAAGGAGAAACUAAACUCCUUGAGAAGCUCACACAGUACUUCAAACAGACAGAUGGCCAUGUGAAUCUGGUGGAAAGGUAUAAAGAGGAGUUCAUGACUGGUGCAAAAGUUACUCGGAGGGAGUUGGAAAAGUCAAUAAUAAAUCAGCUUACUGCAACUGUUGAAAUCCGACAAGGAAUGAGGGAGUUGGAAAAAAUCAAGGAAAACCUUACACAAGAAAUAGAAGAGAGAGUGCUUGAAUUGAUUCUGCGGUGCCGCAAUAACCAAACCAAAAUGACUGAUACAGAGUUAGACAGAGAAUUUGACAACAUGUGGGCUGUAAACAUUGAAAAAUUAUUAUGCUUCCGUCCAGAGAUGAUUAAUGUUACAUCCAGGGUUUUUCACUGUCUGCAGGCAAACCUUUCGCCCAAAGGAAGUUAUGCAAGUGAGCUUCUAAAUAAAACUAAAUUACCUGAUACCAAAAGAUACCAACCUUUUGUGUACAACCCUAAAGGGUGGAUAGAAAUAGCACACACAUUCUAUUACAAUGAUGAUCAAGUGAAUACGGUGCAGAGGUUGGCUGACAGUAUCAUAGAUGCUUGCCAACAAUCAGUGAACAGUAAAAAACAAAGAGAAUCCAACUACCAUGACACCUACACUGUAGAGAUCCUUCACAUGAUUGAUGAGAGAUUGCAACAGAAUGAAGACCUCAAAUUGGACAUAGAGUUUGAAGUUUUACUCAAGAAGCACAUAUGUGCAAGAGCAGCACAUGACUUUGAAGUAAUGCAAAAUAAUUUUUUAGAAAAAAAUGAUCCUUACGGAUGUCUGUAUGAAAAAAAGGAAAAAUUCCGUGCUGAUUUCAAAGAUGUGUUCCAUGAGCGAGACCAGUGCCAAAAGAAAGCAGAGGAGUUUACAAAUCAGUUUUUGAGACCUGCAGUUGAAGACUUUGUCAAUCGCUCCCUGGGUCAUGACAUUAUUGGUGAAAUGCUGAAAUGUCAAAAGUUCAGCACCAGAAUGUUUUUCCAGUAUUCAAUUCUGCUGGAUUUGAUCUCACAGAACCAGUUUGGACUCUUCCAUUCCUACAUUAACGACUAUGAGGCUUAUGUGCAACAAUGGAUAUGUAAACAAAUAAUCUCACACUUUUCAUCUCAGGCUUCAACGAGUGAGUUUGAGAAUCGGCAUAUCCAGGCAUGUAUCAACAGGAUAAAUGCUGCUGUCAAAAAGGCUAAAACUGAGAAGAACAAAACCCUAAAAUGUUUUGUUAGGAACAUCUGUGAAGAACUAAGUGAUAAAUUAGUUAUUUCCCAAGAUGCAGUUGGAACUUUCAUGAUCCUAAACACUGCAGAGCAGGACCAGUUUGCUUAUUACCUUUUAAACAGUUUAAAACAAAUGGAGAAAGAUUGUCAACAGAAGUUCCAAGACACAGAUAUCUAUUCCAAACUCAAGAAGUGCUCUGUUGACGUUCAGCAUGAGCUUUUUGUCAGAGUGAUCGGAUGUGGUAAACAGUGCCCAUUUUGCAAAGCUCCUUGUGAAGCAGGAGGAGCAGCCCACACGGAGCACUGGACAUCACUUCAUCAUUCACAGGCUCUGGGGGCAUGGAGAUCUGAAUUUUCAGAGGAACUUGUUUCAGACAUAUGCACCUCUCUUGUGAACUCUGAUCGAAAUUUUGGGUAUUACGAUGACAAUGGUAAGAAGUGUUAUCAACCAUUCAAUAGAUACCAAGAAAUUUACCCAGACUGGAAGAUUCCUCCAGAUAUAAGUCUUGAAAAAUCGGAUUAUUGGAAAUAUGUCAUGGCAAACUUCAAUGAAGACUUUGCGAAAGCAUAUCAUGCCAAACCUGCAGACAUCCCUCAAGCUUGGAAAAACAUUACCAAGGAUCAGGCUGAAAAAAGUCUCAAAAAUCUAGCAGAGGUGGUGGCCCAGCUUGCAGUGGUGGUGACAGAAUUGGCAGAGGUGGUGACCCAGCCAGUUCAAUUUGGUGCUCAUUUCGUGGCGACCAGGAGGGGGCGCUAA